AUGACCACUCACAAGGGAGGUUCCGUGCGAGCGGCCGCCUCGCGAGCUUCCAGUGUUGCUCGCACCAUCGCCAAAAAGCGGGAGAAGCCCUACAAAACAGAGCAGAGUCGAAUUCUCGCAAAGAAGCGCAAACUUACCCUCAACACCUCAUAUACGACCGCACCCAGUGGCUUUCAAUYCCUGCCCGUUGGCACGCCUGACCUUGCAGAUCGAUGCAAGGAAAUUUCCAGACAGAAAGGCUUGACCGUUCACGUCGUCAACGCAACUCCAGUCAGUAAGGCUGCCGUGGACCCAGACAAGGUUUCGCAUCACAUUCAUCGCGUUGGCUACCAUUUUCGCGCCGAGGUUGUCGAGGAAGCUUGUCAAGCAUUGGGAUAUGUCGUGACACGCAAAGGCUUUGUCAAGGAGUCCCAGCUCGAGGAGCAACGCGAACAGAGCAAGAUGGCCCAAGCCUUGGCCAAGUUCGGACUUCACUUUGACGUCGAAAAGGAGACGGACCUCCAGGUCAUGGCAGCCGUCAAGGAAUUAUUCCCCAAGAUGCCAGAGCGAGAUCUUACUCAGGUCCUGCGCCACGCCUGGGAGAAGGGCGCCGACCGUAUAGGGACCAACAUGGAGAUUGACCUCCCUCGCCGUGUUCAGCUUGCUGUAUUGGCUCGCAUUCGUCAUGAGUAUACCGACUACGAUCGAUUACUUCGCGCGUUUGAAUGGAAGGACGCUCGCGCCCUCGUAGAGCCCGUGUGUCUGAAGAAGUUGAUUGAGUGGCGAGGUGAGGUCGAUGAGGGUAAUGACGAUGAGCUUGAGGAGAUUGUGCGCGAGACCAUUGUCAUCGAUGACGAUGAUGAUAUACUCAGCGAAGCAGACGACGAGGGCUCGACAGAGCUCGAUGAAGGCAAUGCAAGUGACACCAGCAUCGAGAUAAGCCACAAACCCGUCGCGCUGGACGAUAUUGGAGCCGAGAGCCACGACGAGAACUCGAGAAUGUUCAUGCAAAAGUAUAGGCCGUUGCCCCGCACUCUGCGCUACUACCAGCAACGAGAUAAUGAGGUUCAUCAAAAGAUCGACGCUGCACGACAGCAGAUGCGCAAUGCUCCUACAGCAGGUGACCAGCGUGACGUGGUUAGGAUCACUGUCCCUCCAGGAGAUGGGAACGUCGUUAUCGAUGGCCGUCUGUAUCAAAGACAGCCUGCCCAGCAGAAUCAUGAUAGCCAGCGCUAUGGCCCACCCUCAAUACCGCAGAGUGCUCCAUACGCCUAUCAGCCGAUAUCGCGUCCUCACACUCGCAAUGGGAAUGCUUCUCAACAUCCGGAGAGAGUCGUGUCCUCCAUCGAACACAUCGAUCAGCGGCAUGACCGAUCCAAGUCCCAUCUACGGCACUCUCCCGCAGCGGCCCAGCAUGGCCAUCACGCCUUGGAUAAAGCUAUGGCUGGCGGCACGAUCGACCUGACAUCGCCACGUGAUGGACACAUAUCGCGGCAGUCAGUGUGGUCCGUGGAAGACCGCCGGCCCGGGUUUGUCAAUGCCUCAGUUGCACCUAUUCAAUACGUUCCCCACCCGCAGCAGAACGGCAGACAGUACCAAGCCCCAGUCCAGUCACGAGCGCCAAUCUACCAGCCCAUUGACUUACCUCCUGGCUACGGUACCCAACAGCAGCAGCGCGUCAUCUACGUCAACUCUGCUCAUGGCACACCCCAGCCUGUCCACGGCGCACCGGCUGCUGUCCAGCAGCUCCCUAAAGCAGGUGGAGUACCCGUUGUGCAGCAAUUGGACCCGAGAUAUGCCAAUCAUUAUGUUCGCCCAGACUCAACGGCGCAUAGCCAUGCUUCACACUUCUAUUAUCCCCGCUGA